AUCGACAAUUUGAAAAGAUGCUCAGUAAUUUACAUGGUCAGCAAUUUCCUCGCCAUUGACAUUGAACUACGCUGCAUCUCAAGCCCCUUAUCACAUCUCUUCCCCACCUUGUUUGAUCUCGCGAAUAUGUGAAUACCUGACGUUGGGAGAAAGUACAAUAACCCAUGUGAAUUUUUUAAGUGAGUGCGUGCUUAUUUUUCGGCGGGGAAUCUCAACACAAGAACAAGCUAAAGUGCAAUCUAACAGCCGCUAAAAAAAAAUCAUCUCUCAACCGCGUGGUUGUGCCCCUACCCAAAACCCAAAGCAAUUUCGCGUUCGUGAGUUUGUCGGUUUUGGAUAGAAAGUGCACGAGAUUCCACUCUCACUCAAUUCUACAAGAUUCCACUUCAGGAAGAGAUCUCCGGUACAUUUAAAGGCACACAAAAGCCCGCCAGUGAUCUUCAGUCCAGUGUUGAUCGUAGAUCAGUUCACAAGUGUGAUCGUGUUGUGGAAGAUCUCUCUCUCUCUUUUAUUAUCGGUGGUCACAGCUUCAACUGGACAAUGGAUGUCAAUGAGUUUCGCGAAUUUGGAAGAGCUGCCGUAGAUUUCGUGGCGGAUUAUCUCGAAAAUAUCCGUGAUAAGGAUGUCUUGCCGAGUGUUCAUCCUGGAUAUUUGCACAAGCUCCUCCCGGAAGUGAUACCAGAGCAGCCGGAAAAUUGGCGAGAAGUCAUGCAGGACAUGCAGAAGUUCAUUGUACCAGGAAUUACUCACUGGCAAUCGCCCAAUUUUCACGCAUAUUUCCCAACAGCUUGUUCCUAUCCGGCCGUCAUUGGGGAGCUUCUGUCUUCCGGCUUCGGAAUUGUAGGCUUCAACUGGCUCUGCAGUCCAGCAUGCACGGAACUCGAGGUGAUCGUGAUGGAUUGGCUGGGAAAGCUUCUGAAUUUACCUGAGGAAUUCCUCAAUUGCCACGAUGGUCCUGGCGGUGGAGUAAUCCAGGGCUCUGCCAGUGAUUCAAUUCUGAUUGCUGUUCUAGCUGCCAGGGAGCAGAGUGUCCGGCGUGUUGGAGAGGAGUCUCCGGACAUGACUGAGAGUGAUAUCCGGGGACGUUUGGUGGCGUACAGCAGUGACCAGAGCAACAGUGCCGUGGAGAAGGCAGGAAUCCUCGCAGCUAUGCCAAUGCGUCUCCUGACCACGGAUGCCAAAUGUGCUCUGCGGGGGGAUACCCUCAGGAAGGCUAUUGAGGAGGAUCUUGCAAUAGGGAAUAUCCCUUCGGUUUGCAUUGCUACCCUAGGCACCACGGGAACUUGCGCUUUUGAUGAUAUCGAAGAGAUUGGUAAGGUGUGCAAGGAAUACAACGUGUGGCUUCACAUUGAUGCUGCCUAUGCUGGAGCUGCCUUCUGCUGCCCGGAAUACCAUCAUCUGAUGAAGGGAGUGGAACUGGCUGAAUCCUUCAACUUUAACGCCCAUAAAUGGAUGAUGGUCAAUUUCGAUUGCUGCGCCAUGUGGCUCAAGAAUGCCGAUCUCCUGGUCCAAGCUUUCAAUGUAGAUCGCAUCUAUCUGCAGCAUCGCUUCCAGGGCCAGUCCAAAGCUCCAGAUUACCGUCACUGGCAAAUCUCUCUGGGCAGACGCUUCCGUGCUCUGAAGCUCUGGAUAACGCUGCGAACUGUCGGAGCUGAAGGGAUUCGCAAGAAUAUCAGGCAUCAUAUUCACCUGGCUCAACAUUUUGCAGCCCUUAUCACAGCCGAUGGGCGUUUUGAGGUGAUUGGAGAGCCCUCAAUGGGCCUCGUAUGCUUCCGGCUCCGUGGCGAGUGCUCAGCCACUCAGAAGCUUCUAGACAAGAUCACAGAACGCAAAAGGAUCUUCAUGAUCCACGGCAACAUUCAUGGGAAGCUAGUGAUCCGCUUUGCCAUCUGCGGAAUGGAUCCUCAAGUCAAGGACAUAGAUUUCGCCUUCCAAGAGAUCCAAUCAGCUAUCACUGAUAUCAACUUCGUGCCCAACGAAAUCUCCGACAAAAUCCACGAUCGAUUCUCCAAGGAGAUCACCUUCCUGUCAUCCGAAGAGAGGCUCCAGUGAUUGUUCCUCUGCAAUUUUUUUUAUGUGUAUAAUUUUACCUGAAGAUCUUCUGUCUGUUGGUCACGUGUUAUUUCUACAACUCUGAGAGAUAUCUCCUUUUUAAUUAUGUUUACUUAAGCCAGAAACAUCUUUGUUUUUGUCACAUUUUUUUCUUUGAGAAUAAAUACAAUUUUUUCUCAGUGUA